AUGAGGUCGCUUACCACUUCCGCCCUCCAACUCUUGGCUGCCGGCCACGUGGUUACAGCGUACCCCGGUAUGGGCAGGCUGUUGGCCGACUUACAGAAGAUGCAGCGCCACGAGAGCCAGCUCGGGGCCCGCGCCCCGGCCGGCUUUCUGGGCUCGACCACCAUCCUCGGUGAUCUUGCCAACUUGCCCGACUCGGCCCUAACGCCUGUUGGCGCGAACAUCAAGGCCGUCCUGUCGGGCAACGGCGGCCAGCCGCUUGGCGACGGAAUUCCAGAGUACGAUGCGCCAGGCCCGCUGGGAUCGGAUGCUUGCACAGCCGACGCCUGCUGCGUGCACAAGUACGCCAUGCUCGACAUGUACUCUCUGUUUAGCGACCCGGCCUCGGGCGGCUGCUCGCCCCUCGCCCGCGGCGCCAUCCGUCUGGGCUUCCACGAUGCGGCGGCCUGGGACACCGGCGCUGGCUACGGCGGCGGCGGGGCCGAUGGUUCGAUUGUGCUGUCGCCGGCCGAGCUGGCACGGCCCGUCAAUGCAGGUCUGCAGGCCAUUGCCAAUCAGACAUGGGCAUGGUACGAGCGGUACCACCAGCACGGCGCGUCCAUGGCCGAUCUGAUCCAGCUAGGUGCCAUGACGGCCGUGACGGCCUGUCCUGGCGGCCCCCGCAUGCGGUUUUAUGUGGGCCGCGCCGACAACACGAAUGCGGCGCCGGACAACAUGCUCCCGGACCCGACCAGCGGAGCCGACACGAUUGCCGCCCUGUUUGCGGCCAAGACGAUCUCGCCUGGCGGACUGGCCGCCUUGAUUGGGGCGCACACGGUGAGCCAGCAGUUUAGCAUGGCGCCGGCACAGGCGGGGGCCGGCCAGGACCCGACGCCAGGCGUGUGGGACAACCUGUACUACAGCACGACGCUCGCAGCCACGGCACCGGCGGGCGUCUACCGGUUCCCGAGCGACGUGGCGCUGGCGCAGUCUGCGGGUGCGGCUUCGUCGUUUCAGUUCUUUGGGACCCAGGCCGGGCGGUCGACAUGGCAGACGGCCUUUGCGUCAGAAUAUCUCCGGAUGAGCUUGCUGGGUGUUUACAACAUCAACAGCAUGACCGACUGCACACACGUGCUGCCGCAAUCGACCUUUCAAGGCUGA